AUGAGGAAAAGUGGGAAAGAACAAAAACAGAACAAGAUAGUGAGAAUAAUAACAACACCUAUAAGAGUACUAGGAAGAGCCAAAGACAUGUACGUAAGAAGCAUAACGAAGUGCGGUAACAACAUCAACUACACCAAUCCAAUAGAUUCUACCGGAAGAUUCCAGAAUUUACCGAGAAGUUACAGCGCGGUAACAACCAGAUCUGGCGGUGCUGGUGAUAGCGAGGAUUUUGUUGAGUUAAUGAGAGCAGCUUCAGCUAGGACUUUGGUUAACCGGAUUGAUGUUGAUUUGGUUCUCAAGCAAGAAGCUGCCACGUCACGACCCGUUUCUACAAACGGGUUGCCAAAAUCCGUUAGUGUUGGUAUGGGUCGGAUCGAUGAAGAAAAGGCUAGUGAUUUGGGUGAAGGUUUUGGUGAUGUUCCUGUUCUGGGGAAUUCUUAUCCAAGAAGUAGAAGCUAUGCUGUUGGAAAAAGAAGUGUUGUUUUGUGA